AAAAUCUGAUUAUAAAGUAUUACGAAAUCUCUUACUUGAUGAUGUAUAUAAACUCCCUAGUGUAAGGCAGAAAUUCGGUGGUGAAGUAAAGUGCAGACUUCAUCCCAGAAUUAGCUACUACGGGCAUCACCAAUUUCUUUUUGAAGACAAGAUCCUGCAGUUAGAAGAACAUGACAAGUCUGAACUGGAGUUAUCAAGGCAACAAUGGACCCGACGAGUGGCACAAAUUAUACCCUAUUGCCAAUGGAAACCAUCAGUCCCCUAUUAACAUUAAAACCAAGGAAGUCAAAAAAGAUCCAUCUCUGGAGCAUCUCAAGAUCACCUGGAAUUUGAGCACCUGCAAAGAGAUUGUCAAUGUUGGACACUCCUUCCAUGUGAACUUUGAGGACAAGGAUAACCGAUCAGUGGUGACCGGUGGACCUCUGACUGGAAAUUAUAGGCUGCAUCAGUUUCACUUUCACUGGGGCCAGACUGACGAUCAUGGUUCUGAGCACACUGUGGACGGAGAAAAAUAUGCCUCAGAGCUUCACCUGGUUCACUGGAAUUCAGACAAAUAUUCAAGUUUUGCUGAGGCUUCAGAUAAGCCUGAUGGUUUGUCAAUCAUUGCUGUUUUUCUGAAGGUUGGUCCCCCCAAUGAACAUGUGCAGGACAUUGUGAAGGCAGUAGGUUCGAUAAAGACUAAGGGUAAAAAAGCUCCAUUUACUAAUUUUGACCCAUCAACUUUACUUCCUGGAUCCUUGGAUUACUGGACCUAUUCUGGCUCUCUGACUCAUCCUCCCCUUUUUGAGAGCGUCACCUGGAUUAUCUAUAAGGAGCCCAUUACUAUCAGUUCAGAGCAGCUGGCCCAAUUCCGCAGCCUCACAUUGACCAAUCAUCGGCUUCCCCAGCCAUUGAAGGGCAGACAAGUGAGAACCUAAUUCCAGCAUGGGUGCUGCAGUAAGAGAUCUUCCAUUGACUGCUUCUGUCUGAACUAAGGCAGUAGCUCUGCUGUUUGGUUACUAAGUCAUUCACCAACAACUUCAACAUCACCCUAGCUAGACCUGACCUCCAAGAACAGUGUUCACUUGGCCUUAAGAUCAGAAAGGCUCUUCCUCUAAGCUUUCUUCUGUGAUAUGAAUUAUACGUCUUCUGAGAAAAAGAAAGCACUGCUAGCUCUGUUCUCAACCUGCAUGUCAAACACUAUAAUACAUACUGCCCUCCAUUUCUACUUUUUUUUUUUUGCCAGUCAAAGGUCAUUUUAGUUUACCCCUCUUCAGUUCUCCCAAAAUAAAUCUGCUUGUUUAACAGAAUAAAUCAGACUGGAACGGCCAUUAUAUUAACUGUAUUACCUACGUGAUCCUUUUGGGAAGGGAUUGUACUCAUGAUCAUAAAACAACUUUGUGGUGUUUAUUAUAUUUUAUAAAUGCACACAGGGAUUGUGCUGGGUGUACAUUUUAGAAAUCCAACAUUCCAGUAAAUAACCCUAAUUCCCAUCCAUUUUCCUGAAAUAAACAUGACUACCUUCUUAGAAACUCAAUGUGGAUCAGAGCCAUGGCGUUUGGACCUGGAUUUGGAUCACAAUUUAAACUUUCCCAAAAUGUGGGUGUAUUUGGACUUGUAAUUCUGGCUCAUGGAAGAGAUAUGCCCAAGCUGUAAAGUUUGGAUAUUGAUCCAGAUCCUAAAGUUUGGCUCUGAUCCUGCAACUGGAUCCCUGUGGGUGAACCUUUACAUCAAUAUAGAGAUCCAUGGAAGUCACAGAUGCUCUACAUAAGUGCAAAGGUCCACUCAGAGGGAUCCAGUUACAGUCUGGGGACCUGUGUGUGUCUAUAUGUGGUGAUAAGCAGGGGAGAAAUUCAAGCCACUGUUCAGUU